AUGAAGACGCUUACAGCAGCUGCUCUGUGUGUUGCGAUGGCUCUCGGUCUCUGCUAUCGAGCGGAGGCUACCGCUGCCUUUGACCUCCUGCGCCAAUCUGCUGUGAGUUACACAGGGUCCCUGCCCUGCGGCGGAUGGGACUGUGAAUGUGCCUUCAGGAGACAGCAGAGCUGCUGUUGUGUUGCACAGCCUCUGUUUGAGCUGGAGGAGGCCACAUUCAUACGUAUGGUUGGCUUAUGGGAAGGACUGUCUCAUCUGAACAGUCAAAUAGAGGAGCUUACAGCUGGAUGCAAAAUAGCCUUCACUGCUGCGAUGCUUCCAAUGAGUGGAUGUCUUGGGCCGUUUACCAGCAACGUGUCUAUCUCUUACCAGUCUGUCUCCCUCAAUCAGGGCAAUGGCUACAAUCCUGCUUUGGGCAUAUUCACGGCUCCUCACGCUGGCCUCUACUCCUUCUCCUUCACGGCGUACUCCAGCGUUGGCCGUGCAGGUCAGCGGCUCUACCAGAAGGCGCAGCUGAUGAAGAACGGCCAGCUGAUGGCCUCGUCCUGGGAAGAUAACCGUGAGGAUUCGGAGGACAGCAGCUCUCAGACGGUUCUUCUGCAGCUCAGACAGGGCUGUCAGGUGUAUGUGGAGCUGCUGUCAGGCAGACAGCUGUGUGGAGACACCCAGGGUCAAAACACCUUCAGCGGAUACCUGGUCUAUCCCGUCUCUGAGCUAUGA